AUGGUGAACAAAAAAGUCUAUCUCUAUGGCCUUGCACCCUGUGCAGGCGGUCUUGCUUUUGGUUAUGACACUGGUUCUAUGAGUGGCAUCUUGGCUAUGCCCCAAUUCCUCGAAUUCUUUGAUAAUCCGAGCAAUUUCUUGCAAGGUGGCAUCACAGCAUCGCUCUUGGCUGGAUCCCUUGCCGGAUCUAUGCUGACAGGUAGAUUUCUCGUUGACGGAAUCGGGCGCAAGCGGACGCUACUCCUUGGGUCAGCCCUCUUUACUCUAGGGUGUGCUGUUGCCGCAGGAGCCGUUAAUCUCCCCAUGCUAAUCGCAGGUCGAGUUAUCAAUGGACUCGGAAAUGGCUGCCUGACUAUGACUGUCACUCUUUACCAAAGCGAAAUCUCACCCCUAGAAGUUCGUGGUAGAAUAAUUAGCUUCUUCCAAUGUGCCGUCAACUUCGGCAUUCUCAGCGCAUUCUGGAUCCAAUAUGGAUCGAGCUACAUUGCCGGAUCCGCUACCAUCUUUUUGCACGUAGUCAUGUGGUUCAUGCCCGAGUCACCGCGAUGGCUCGUUCAAAAAGAUCGAGAAGAUGAGGCGCUUCACGUUCUCGCCCGGAUCCAUGCGGCGGGCGACAUCAACAACUCGUACGUGCAGGCUGAAUUUUCCGAGAUUAAAGCCAAAAUUGCUUCUGAGUUGCUUCACCCUACACCGACCUACUUGGACCUGCUCGUCGGACCCCAGAAGCGCCGCAUGUGGCUUGGCGUUGGAGUGCAAUUUUGGCAGUCCAUGACUGGCAUCAAUGUCAUCAUGUAUUAUGCUGUGUUUCUAUUCCAACAGGCUGGCCUCGCCAAAACAUCAUCCUCGUUGCUUGCCAAUGGUCUCCAAGGUGUCGUUCUUAAUCUCUUUACCUUACCAAACAUGUAUUAUUCCGACAAAUGGGGCCGCAGGUGGCCCAUGGUCAUUGGCGGCAUUGGCAUGGGCAUCUCCAUGCUCAUCAUUGGCACGUUAAUGAAGACAACGGGCAACCCGUACUACAACCCAAUUACGAGAAAGACCAAUUUCGACUUUGCAAGCAAUGCAGCUUCUCAGACUGUGAUUGCCUUUGUCUACGUCUACGUGGCCAUCUUUGCUAUUACGUGGGCAUGCGUUGCGUGGGUUUACCCCCCGGAAAUCUUUAGCAUGAAUAUGCGCGGGCGUGCUACGUCGCUGACGACCACUACCAAUUGGUUCAUUAAUUUCUGGUUUGCCUUGUAUAUUCCUACAGCCAUGGAAGAGAUUAGCUGGGCUCUAUACAUCAUCUUCAUGGCGCUCUGCUUUCUCAUGGCCAUUGUCGUUUUUCUCUUUUAUCCAGAGACUUCAGGCAAGUCGCUCGAGGAAAUCGACUUUUUGUUUAGUAAGGACCGCUCGCCGUGGACAUUUACUGAUCGACAGGCAACCAAAGUUGGGUCGCUCUUUGGACGUAAUAUGAAUAACGGUGAGGCCUUGACCACAUUUAAUAACGAGGCCCUAGUAAAGACUGUAUUGUAG